UGCCCUCUCCCUUCCCCUCCCGCCCUGUCUCCUGCCUUUGGGUUAUGAGCAGCAGAGAGGCGAGAGAGGGAGAGAGACUAGUGGAGCUGGCGAGGUGUGGGAGUGCCUUUAGCUUGAAUGUGAAACGCGUGCGCGCGUACCACCAACCAACCAGCCACCAGUGCCCAAGGUAGAAAUUUCCACAGUCUCUUCUGUGUUCCGUCCCGAGCAUCUAUUCACCGCCUCGUUAAUGCUCCGCGUCUCUCUGCACCUCUCAAGUGCACUUUAAACAACAACAAAAACAACAUCAGCAGCAAUUAUCGCUACCGGAGAGAGCUUUCACUCAAUUUGAUAUAAUUUAAUUGUCUAUAAAUUUCCUCGCAAGCUCACCCUCUCGCGCGUCGCUGACUCAAUCCUUGCGUGGGAGAGGGCAUCGUCUUGCUGCAGGCUAGCCGGCAUUGGGUGUUCGAGCCACUCCCGACUGCCGGACAACUCGGCUCCCAUCGCCAAUCGCACCCGUGGGAAGAAGACACCGCGGCACAUUCAACAAGACCGCUCUGACCGCUCGCGAUGGGUAAGCAAAACAGCAAGCUGGCUCCAGAGGUGCUGGAGGACUUACUGAAGAGCACAGAAUUCAACGAGGCUGAGCUGAAGCAGUGGUACAAGGGCUUCCUCAAGGACUGCCCCAGUGGCAAGCUGAACCUGGAGGAGUUUCAACAGCUCUACGUCAAGUUUUUCCCGUACGGCGACGCGUCCAAGUUCGCCCAGCACGCCUUCCGGACCUUCGACAAGAACAGCGAUGGCACCAUCGACUUCCGGGAGUUCAUCUGCGCGCUGAGCGUCACGUCCCGCGGCAACUUCGAGCAGAAGCUCAACUGGGCCUUCAACAUGUACGACCUGGACGGGGACGGAUACAUCUCACGCGUCGAGAUGCUGGAGAUCAUCGAGGCCAUCUAUAAGAUGGUGGGCACGGUGAUCAUGAUGAAGAUGAACGAGGAUGGACUCACACCCGAGCAGCGCGUCGACAAGAUCUUCAGCAAGAUGGACAAGAACAACGACUGCCUCAUCUCCCUGGAGGAGUUCAAGGAGGCGGCACGCAGCGACCCGUCCAUCGUGCUCCUGCUCCAGUGCGACAUCCAGAAAUAGACAGGGGGGGAGGGGGGGUUUCUUCGUCACCGUCGCCGCCGCUUGACCACAUUUGUACGUUUGGGGGGGGGGCAGUGCGCAGCGGUGGGUGGUGUUGAAAGGAGAGGUGGGUUGGUGUGGCAGAGGGAUUCUGUGUGGGAGGGAGUGAGCGUGGCAUGAGUAAAGUGUUAGCACAAGAAGGGUUUAGGUCUGGGAUUAGGGUUCCAGCGAUUUCUGCAUCGUAAUGGGGUUUUCUGUUUGCCUGUCGAUUGUCAUUUCAAAUGCUUGUUUCAUGACGCAUUAGUGCUAAGCUAAGAAGUCAUUCAUUACCUCGAUCGAUCUGUCAAUCAAUAGCCUUCAUUCACAACCAGGUGACAGCCCCAUCUGAUAUUAAAUUUAUUCUGUAAGCUAUGGUCUAGGAGACUAUGCAAAAGUCCGUUAUAUUAUAUUUUCGUAUUUUCCAUGACACAGGAACACACUGGCCUACUUUUAUGAGUAGUACGAUAGACAUAUGUUUUAAUGUCUGGUAAAAAUGUAACAACUGACAAUGAGAAGAUAUAAACAUCUUUUAUGGCACUCGUAAAAAAUUUAAAAAUUGCAAAAGUAUAAUUAAAAUGUUGAAAAAAAACAUUUUGAUAAUUUAACACUGUCACAAGUUAACAAUUUACUACGAUAAAAAAAACACAUUUGGCUUCCAUUAGCCACAAAAGCUCCAUUAUGCACAUGGCACAACCAUCACAUUAUUAAUGAAGUUUAGAAUGUAUUCUGUAAUUAAACAUUUGAAAACGUUUCUCAUUGAUGAGCACUUAGGAAAUGUUCUAUCAAUUAAAUAUCGACCACACAGAAACGGGGGUUUUAAUUUGGUUCUGGUGCAAUGUUCAAGCACCCACCAAGCGACAGAGGGAGACUAAAUUCUAAUUUAGUUUUGUUCCAGCCACGUGAGACUCGUUGCAGAGACACCAUCGUCGGUGUCUCUGCAACGAGCGUGUCCUCCUUCCACCAUCCUAGAAACGCCCACCGUGACCCCUUUUACACCUCCCCCCCCACCCCCCACCCCGAGUUCAUCGCAUUUCAAUCCCAAGUCCUCUGAAACACCGUCGUGUUAGUUUUUUUUGUUGUCCUUUGAGGGCAAAUCAUCAACUCGCAGUCGCGGUACGGGCGACCGUGUGCCUCGGCCCCUUCCGCAAAGUCGGCAGUGUAAAGUUGCGCGGCGUUCCGUGGCCGAUUGUCGAGGUGAACCCCGAGAUAGAGUCGCGGGAUGUUUAGUCACUUCCACGGUUCGGGCAGCCGCACAGGCAGGCGCAGUCAAAGGCUGCUGGCGCUGUCUCGCGGAAGAUUUUCAAGUCAUUUAUCUGCAAACGCUAGCGUCGCCCCCUGCACACACUCACGGAAAUGUCACCUCUCCCCCCCCACCCCCCCGACUCCCAGCGCUGUCGGUGGUGGGCGGCCUGGUACCGAAUGCAAUGAUUUUGUUCAAUCCGUUUUGUUUAUUCGUCAUUAUAUUUAUUAUCCGCGGCUUUUUAGUCGGUAAUCCUGAACAAUUAGGAGCCCUGAAAAUUAGCCCAGUGUAAGAGUGUAAAGACCGUAUCACCAGACUACCCGGAUUGAGAAGAGUCUCGCAUCAUUAGCCGGCGUGCUAAUGUACGGCUGCAAAUGUUUGUGACUCUGAUUUGGGAUUUUUUUCAUUUCCUUUCAUUGUUUUCCAGCAUAAUUGCUGUGUGAUUCCUUCGACAUUGAGGAAGUAAAGAGCAUUAAACGGCAAUAAAAAAAAAUAUCACGGAGCGCUCGUUAGAAAAAAAAUUGAAAAGCGCCAUCGGCUGUGUGGUUCAUGCGGCUCAUAAUGGCCAUGUCGGAGCAAUGAGCCAGCAAUGCUGAAAUCCUGGGUUCAACUUAACUGGAGGAAUCAUGUUGACUGCUAAGAAAAGAAAGUGGUCUUGGGCGGGAUGCAUUGUGAGAAGGAUUGAUGGUCCGAUGGGUUUAGAGGUCGUACUCAGAUUGUAAAUGCUGUGAGUUUCCUCUCCAACACACCCGGUGUGCUGUACUAGCAAACAAAUUGCCAUGUUUUGUUUACGUGACAAACCUUACUAAUUGGCUGCGUCGGGUGAUGGCGGGUUUAACAACACAUUUAUAUUUAAGCGAUCUAACCCAAAAAAACCCUCUAUUAUGGGUUGAGACUGAUGAUGGAGUGGCAGCCAAAGCUAGGAAGGUGCCCGAGAGGGCGACCACUGUGAACACGUACUGACCAGAUCAGCUCAUGCACAUGCUCCAGAUGGAAAGUUGCAUUGCAACACCGUGACAGAUUGUGAUGACUUGGAUAAUUUACGGCUCAAGAUGAUAAUACUUAAAUGGGCUCUCUCCCAAGUGUAAUUAAUUAAUUGCUUUAACCCGCUCUCCAAAAAUUACCAUCGCUGAACUCGGCUUAGCCCUAGCUCUGGGAUGAUCGGCGCCGCGCGAGCCUCCGCUGAUUGAGGGGGUUCAGAAAAGACAGGUCGUCGCCUCUAGCCAUGACCCCGAUAGCACGACUGGGAUUCAAUCAGUGGCGGAGAGCUAACAUGAGCAGAUAAUUUAAAGUAGCAGAGCAACGGACACAACACCCGAUUAAGAAACCACAAAAGAACGGCAACUCCUUGAAGACGCUGGGGCUGAUGUCGCCAAUUGUUGUGGAGCCGACAGGAGUGGGUUUCACACCGCGCGCGCGCACGCACGGCUUGCUGGCGUGGGCACGCGUAGGAAGCAUGGGCACACACACAUGCGCGCAGCGUUCCGUGUGUCGGCAGAGAGAGGCCCUUCCUUCAGGCUCCCGGAGGCUACGCGUGUGUUCCGCUGGCUGUCCGCCCAGGUCCGGACAGCCCUAAGUCUUGAAGCAGAACGGGCGUGGCUUCCAGCACUGCGGUUUGCCCUGGGCCUUUUACGCGUUUCUUGUCCUCAUGUUCCACGUUGGUCUUCUGCGGCGUUCAUCGUCGGUGGCAGGUGUGCCGAGCUUUCCAGUUAUGAAUACACCUGUAUUUACCUUCCAGGAGAUGUUUUGUUCCAAUUGUUUUUUUUUUACACCGAAAUUGGCUUUAUUUGCGAAGUCGUCGGUGGCCGCACUGAGGCUGUCAGACUCGCUUUGCUCUUAGAGGCUGCUUUAAUCUUGAUGGGAGCCUGUUAUUCUAAUCUAGCGUCUCAGAAGAGCUGACUACGUCCUGUGAUUGAGACCUUCAGUCCUGUAGUGCACCGAGCUCCCUUGUCGAGGGCGUCCAGUCCGCAUCCAUUUGUAUUGCUUAUCAUCGAGUAGUCGAUUUAACACGUAGGCUUUCGCGACCAAUAUCAUCCA